AUGGAGGUAAACAGUUUAGCAAAACACCACGGCGGAAGUCUAGUAGCACUGGAAGGGGACGUUGAGACUAUAUCGACACAGCUACGUCUUUUGCCGCCGUCAAAGAAGAUUUUGAUCAUACCUUCGUUAAUUGAGUCCAUUGAGCAAGAGCCUCUUCAACAGCCAUUCAAUGCCCGAGCUUUCAUUCGCAAGGUCCACAUAGCUCUCAAAAAGCACACCGAUACAGCACGGUCCUUUCUCGAAUCUUCAACAAACAAGCAUCCCAAAUUGGCUUUUAUGAAUGGAGGUACCGUGUGUGCGCGUGCCACCUGUAUCUUGGAAAUAUCAAAACAUAUCACCAAUGGGGAUAGUCAUGCAGCGGAGAAAAUAUUCAAUAAGAUCACACGAUACGGAUUAGCAAGCUUGUUCGAGGAGGAGGACACUAUUGGCGAAGAAACUGAGGAAGACGGACCCGGAAACGUAGGCGGUGCAAGUGUUGAAGAACAGAAAAUAAUCGCGGAAACCGCAGGCUCUCUGAAACGUACGAUCUCGCAAACUCAAGUUCAUGGCUCGAGGGGCCAACAUGGAGUCGAAUCCGAUUUGGACCCAGUCAAUGGUGACGGAGUGUCCUUGAAUGAAGUGUCUCCCCUUUCAAAAUCGAACCGCAGCUACCGAGGGUCAGAUGGCGUCUCUUCCAUGACACAAUCAAACAAUAGCAUUCGAGGGUCAACUGAAGUGCCUUACUUAACACGGUCGAAACGCAACAACCGAAAUUCGCUUUCAGAGACAGAGGCCUUACGCUCGCCAUUUAAAGAUGAGCCAUUCUUCAUGGCUGCUAUGACAGCCAAAUCGCGUCGCGUCAUUGCACGACGCCAUUCAUUCAAUGCAAGAGAUAGUCGUUAUCCGUCAGGCCACUUAUAUGCUGGCGACCUCGAGAAAGAAGAUUCAUCCCCCCCUCUUGCAAGUCCAAUUGAUGUAACCUUUGGCGAGGCUUGUCUUGUUGAUGUCACUCCCGAAAAACAACUCAAAAGAGUCCAUUCUGUGGACAGAUUUUGCACAGAAAGCCCCAGGUCUGGGGGAGAAAGCUUGGCUACCAUGAAAUGGACAGAACCUAUUGAGCCCAACAAGUCAAGACGAACUUCAGCUGCGAUGCUUGAAGGCUGGGGGGCACAACCACUCCCGAAAAAGAAAUUUAUCAAAGCCUCGACGACAACGAUAAAGAGGUACCCAGGAUCAGUCAGAAGCAUAACGCCUAAAUUGAUCCAGGUAUCCAAAGUUUCCGAGACACCAGAUCCGUGCACUAGAAAUACAGUCAAGCAAAAGAUCGCAAAGAGGAUAUGUAAUUUGGACUACGAGCCAAUAUUUCCAGUUGAAGAGGACUUGGUCAUUCAUUUCAACAACACCGAGGUCAACGAACACAAUGAGACUAUAGACUCAAUCAUCAGGUCAUACAAGGAUGGUUCGUACCCAAUACUACCUCCAAGCACAAAGUUAGCCUCGUCCACCGUAAGCUUGAAAUCCAUCGCCAUUCACGAUGCAACCGAUCGUAUGGGUGCCAAAGACAGCCAUAGUGACGGAGAUGCAAUCUUUACUGUCGAGUUUGAAGACGAGAUUCCCGAGUUUGAAGAUGAUUAUGAUGACUUUUCUCAGUCAUGCUCGAGACAGCUCUGGCCAACGCGCAAGACUGGUCGUUCUGACAGUGGCGUUCAGAUGCCCGAUUUUCAGCCUUCUCCCGAAAUCAUUGCUUCGCCACCCAAUGGUCGGGCAGAAAGGUUUGUAGAGCUUUUUGCGGCAGAUUUAACUUCGCCGCUGCUUCUUCAAGAUGCUUUGCGAAAAUUGCUGAAUGUUCAUUUUCCGGCCGGAGACAAUGGCUUUAGCCAACAUUAUUUCGCUAUUUCCCCUGAAUCGGAUCGAUUGUGGAAGCCAGUUUUUAGGAAAGACCGUGACCCCAAUAGCAAGGGUAAGACAAUUGACCAGAUCAUUGCUUUGGGGUCUGAAGCUGGGGUACCAGAAGAGUUUCUUGGGCAGAUAUCGGGACGUAUUGAGAACCUUGACGCAAGGAAGGACGGCAUUAGCAGAAGCUCGGAAUUGGACAUAACGUACUAAGUUCUUUUUUCAAAGCGCACAAUACUUACUAACAUCAUAUAGAUACCUCAUAUCAAACGUCUUGCAGAACUACCAAGAUACACCCUUCACAAACCAAGGCACCUUCAAUCCGCUUUCCGAUCCUCAGGUUUUAGCAGCUCUUCUAGUUCCUCAGCUGGAGGCCUACCUUGCAUCAAAUAAGCGUAUUCAGCUGUUGAUACUCCGUUUCACUCCAAUUCACUUCGCAACAGUUCUUUCGCUUCGCUUGUUGCUUGGAAUGGAUAUCUUCAGGGUUGCUGGUGUUCUCAACUCCAGAACUCAUGAUCAACCACCAUGUGCCUCAGAAUCAUCAGCAGGCAUUUCCCGAAGAAACUCUACAUCAAUUGUGGCCGACUUGGUGGUAUCUCGUAUCCGCCAGAGGCACUCACAAGCUGAGUCUCUUCGGAUAUUGAACAAGAAUCAGUCUAAGCCAUUAGCGGACCUGGAAUCCGCCAAGCAAGGCCUCAAAGCUUCUGAUACAGAAAAUGCUGUAUCAUUUGCCGAAGCAAAUCAUUUGCUUCCAUGCACAGCAAACGAUAGUGAGAUAGCAAGCUUCAUUGCCGGAAUUUGGAAGGCACUUCAACUGGACAGGCCAUCUAUCUAUGUUUUUGAGCCAGAUUUGGAGAUCAUGAUUGUGGAAAGACUACUCGCUCCAUCACCUGUCAAUAUUCCAAAGAUCUACAGCCCCCCACCGACUUCUCAACUACCUCCAAUCCCUAAGGUGAGCCGUAAUAGCAGUACAGUCUCGUUGACCCCUUCUCUUGGAGGUCGCUCUCGCUCGCGAGGACCUCGUGAGAGUAGCCCAUUAGCUAAACGAGCUACCUCAUGCUACACGGGCACUCCCAACCGCAACUUAGCCAAUGCGAAAAAGCCUCGAGAUAGCUCAGUCUCCAGCUUUUCCCAAUCGGGAAGGGAGGAGCUGGAUACAGGCACCACCGAUGUUGACACAACACCCACUGUAUCUGUAUACGCAUACAACAGGCCCGAAGCACCUACGCCAACUCGUGGUAACAAGAAUCGGAAAAGUAGUGCGACUUUUCCGCUCGAACGCUUACCGUCUCCAAACCACAGCACCAUCACUCUUGAGGGUAGCUCAGCGGCUACUCCACGUGCAUCCUCACCCUCUUACCGCGCUUCCAAGAUUGAAUUUGACGACAUCGAUAUUUCAGAACUCAGUCAUCUCCAAACCUUCUUCAACCCCACACCCCCUCUCCCUCCCCUCGAAUCACCUCCCAAGAACAAGACCGUCCGGUCCCAAGCUCCCUCCCCCGAACCAUCCUACUCCCAAUUCCCCUUCCUCCAAAACGAGUUCAUCGAUCCCAACACCUUCGAAAAGACGGAGCUCCGCAACUCCAAUACAACGCGAUCCCGCGUCGCGUCUUCCUGCAUCAUGCCUACCCCCUCAAAAUUGCAUCGUGUCACCGCCUCGACGAUUGGCAAAUACGCCAGCAGCAUCAAGAGUUCCAAGACGGGCAAAUCGCGGGCCUCGCGGGUCCAGAAUGCGGAUGGUGGGUGGGAGACGUUUUAUAUUAGUGAUGUUGAUAGUGAGGAUGAUGAAUUUGAUCGGAUGAUUCUAGGGAGGAAGCAUGCGCGGAUUGUGCCGGAGGUGAGGAAGGAGGAGGGGGGGCAGGAGGCGAAGAAGAGGGAUAAGAGUAAGGCUUUGAAGUUUUUGGGGUUGGCUUGA